GCCACGACCGCCGUCGCCACCACCACCGCCGACGGGGCAGCCCCGUGCAACUGUGUUGAUGUCGACAGCACCAUCGCCGUCGUCAUCAACCGUAACGGAUCGACCGUCACGGGAUGGAGGAAGAGGAAGAGGAAGAGGAAGAGGGGCGCCCGUAUCGCAUAAACACGUCAAAAAUAUAGUACGUCGGGCGCUGCAACAAGAGAGGAGGAGAAUGGGCUAUGGUCCGCCACCACCACCGCCGCCUCCAACAUACGGAUCGUACCCACUGCCGCCGCCUACAGCGUAUCCAUUUUACGCACCGCCGCCACCUACAACGUAUCCAGCAUACGCAUCGCCGCUGCCGCCGACAGCAUAUGGAUACGCACCGCCUGCACCGUACCCAUAUACAUACCCACCAUACCCACAAUAUCCACCAUACCGAUAA